AUGGGUGAAGUCAUAAUGGUAAAGGAUCCCAUUGGAGCUACAUGGCGCAUGAAGUUGCUUACGGAUAAUAAGGGCACUAAGGUACACCAAGGAUGGGUAGAAUUCCAGGAUUUUUACGCCAUCAAAAGGCAUUAUUUCCUGGUUUUCCGAUACAACGGAAAUUCUCAGUUCACCGUUACGAUAUUUGAUAAAGCUGGACAGGAAAUUGACUAUCCUAGAAGACUUCAUGAAACGACGAAGAGAAAGCAGCUUCACCCUAUAUCUGGCGAAGAAAAAGAUGAAGAAGAAGGAGAAGAUGAUAAUGAUGAUGAUGAAGACGAUGCUGAUUCGGUAGAAAUACUGUGGGAAAAGAGCUGGAAGGAAGUGAAAGAAGCCGGAUCAUCGUCACAACAGGCAACGACGUCAAGAAGGACAAAGCGCUCGCGAUCUUCAUCAUCAGCGCUUAACCCUAAGAAUGAAGAUCUCAAGGCUUAUCAACAAGCUAUGCUUUUCAAUUCUAAUCAUCCAUUCUUCAUUUGUGUCAUCCGAUCUGGAUCCAUUUCUGGAUCAUUCCGCAUAAGCAUGCGUAGGAAAUUUGUCAGGGAAAACUUGGCUAAAAACCUAUAUGAAGAAUUUAAGCUUCAUCUGCAAGUGAAUGAGGAAAAUUCAUGGUCGGUUCGGGUCAUCACCGAAGCUAAGGAUAAUAUCGGAAGAAUUGGUGGCGGUUGGAAGAUAUUUGUCCAUGAAAAUAACGUCGAACUGAAUGAUGUGUGCAUCUUUGAAAUGCACAAGGAGCAGAAACCAUAUUUACAAAUCAAAUUGAAGGCAGAAGGAAUGAAAUUCUUUGCUUUUUCUUAG